AUGAAUGACUCUGUGCGAUGUGUAAAUGUCUGGGGACAGUGCAGACAGACAAAGUGGAGGUGCAAAACGCUGGUCGAUCUGAAGAUUUCGGUUCUUUCGCCAAUCUGCGAUGUGUUAGUAGAUGAUGGACCAGGCGGAAAAGUAUUCUUGGGUGCUAAGAAGAAGGAUCGCAGUACGCUGUAUGCAAUCAAAAUUAUGUCAAAGGAGGAAAUGAAAAAGAAGAAUUUAGCUAAUCAAGCCCCCUAUAAGUUCCUUUUAGUGACCACUGAGAGAAACGCACUUGCAGUCAGCAAAUGUCCUUACAUUGUCCACCUGUUCUAUUCACUACAGUCAGAAAGUUACAUUUACUUGGUAUUGUUUGUUUUCGUUAUCAUAAUGGAAUACCUGAUAGGCGGUGACUUGAAGACUCUCCUUAUGGCCGCAGGGUACUUGGACGAGCAACAUGCUGCCCUAUAUACUGCGGAGAUCACGAUGGCCUUAGAAUACCUGCACCAGCACGGAAUUAUCCACCGGGACCUGAAACCUGACAACAUCUUGAUAACAUCUAAAGGCCAUUUGAAACUUACAGACUUCGGUUUGUCCACGCUAAGCUGGUCAAGAGCCCUGCGUGCCUCGGACAUCCUGUUUACGCCAUCUGUGAACAAUCGUCAGUCCAAUUUCUUCAGAACUCCGGGCCAAAUUAUUUCUCUCACUACGCAACUUUCCUUUAGGGAAACUCCAACGGACUCCAGCGAAAAGGGCCCAGAUGCUUCGUUUCCCGAACCUAACGCGCAGUGCACAGACCAUUCAGAAAUUACGUCUCCCGAACCACACAGCGUUAGUCUUCCAGAUCCUCGUCUAUCGUCUCCCUCCUCCCCCUCCCUUCGUGUCUCCUCUAAGAGUUCGCGUGCAUCUAUGCCCAAUCUCGUAUACCUUCCUCCCUUCUCCGUUAGUAAGCAUCGAAGCAACGGUCAGUCCUCUAAUUCAGCCACCAGGAAGAACGUGACUGUGGUAUGUCAGCAUUUUUUUUCACGGACAAUGUACUACCUCAAUCGUGUCUUAUUGUAUCAUAUGAUUUUUUUGGAUUUUAACUAG